AUGGAAGAGCUGAAGCGCAAGGUGUUUCAGUUCAGGACCGCGAAGGGCGAUCCAAUAAUGAACGUCGCUUUGGUCGGCGGCGUGGGCGCGGGAAAGAGCUCGCUGAUUUCCACGGUGGCUUCCGCUGAAUGUGGAUACAUAUCGCGAUGCGCGCCCCACGGGGCGGGAACCAAGUCGCUGACCUCAAAAUUCAAGAAGUACGUCUUCGGCAAGCGCGGGGCGGAGGCUCCCUUCCACCUGUACGACACCAUGGGGUGGUCGUCGGACGACUGGAAGCCGGAAGACCUGAGCCUGAUGUCCAUGGGCUAUGUCCCCAACGGAACGGACAUGUCGAGGGGCAUCCGCGGCGUGGAGCGGAUGAGAAAACUGCGCAGUGACCCGACGGUCGACGACCGAAUGCACUGCAUCGUGUUCGUGGUGCCCUGCGAAUGCGUGGGAAACGAGGCGUACAUGGAGCAUCUGAACACGCUGAAGGACGAGGUUUUUUGUUCUGACAUGCAGCCGAUGGUGGUGCUCACGAAGAUAGACGAAAUUAAUGCAGAUAUGAACAUUCUGGAGAUCAUGGCAUCGAGCGAUCUGAAGAGGCUGAAGAAAGAGCUGUUCGUGCUGAGCGGUGUUCCCAUGAAUUGCAUCCUUCCUGUCAAGAAUUUCGAGAGUGAGAUGAGCGUUGAACCGGAGGUGGCAGUUUUCGCCCUGAAGGCUAUGUACGAAAUUCUGAACACGGCCGCGACGAACUACAGGAUGAUGAGCGAGCAGUAG